AAGUCUCAGGAAGGUAAAAACAAGGGAAAGAAGGCAGCGGAUACAAAACAGAAAAAGGCUGAUUUGGAUUCUACUUCUGCAGAUAUGAGGGAUUCGAAAGAGGGUCAUAAAGAGGAAGAUGAAACACCUUCUGUUUCUGCCGUGCUGUCCCUGGAACAAACAGCCGUGAUUCAGGAAAUGGUAAAUCAAGAUGUACUUCCAAAGCUGAUGAUCCCCAGUCCUACCAGUGAACCACAAAUGGUAACUGAAGAGAAACAAGGAGAGGCAGUAAACUGUGCAUCAGAUGAUUUAGAUGAUGAUGAAGAGGAAGAGGAUGAAGAAGAGGAAGAUGAAGAGGAGAUAGAAGAUACCAAUAUGCCUAAAGAAAAUGCUGAAAUGCCUUUGAUAUGUGAAGAAAAGUUAGAUUCUAUGGAAGAGCAAAAGAGUACAUCAGAAGAAUCUCCAGAAAGCUCUCCGAAGAAAAAACUUGUGGUGAAAAUUCCAAAAGCGAGAGGUGAAUCAAAUGGUGAUGUUCAGGAAACAUUCAUGUUUCCCUGUCAGCAUUGUGAGAGGAAGUUUACAACAAAGCAAGGACUUGAACGCCACAUGCACAUCCAUAUAUCUACUGUUAACCAUGCUUUCAAGUGUCGAUAUUGUGGGAAAGCCUUUGGUACUCAAAUUAACAGGCGAAGACAUGAGCGACGCCAUGAGGCAGGGCCAAAAAGGAAACCGUUCUUAACACUAACGUCAUCACAACACUUGGAUAAUGUUGCAGAUAACCAAGUAAUUGUGGAUGAUGGUCUUAAAGAUGACCUGAAUGUUCCCAGUCUCGUACAAGACUCUGUUGUCUUGGAUUCUGAGAAAGUUCCCCAAGAAAUGUCAAACUCCACUUUUGCUGAGGAAAAUAAGGAGCCCAAAGAAUUGCAUCCGUGCAAAUACUGCAAGAAGGUUUUUGGAACUCACACCAACAUGCGGAGGCAUCAGCGUAGGGUUCAUGAGCGUCAUCUUAUUCCCAAAGGUGUCAGAAGAAAAGGAUUCUUUACUGAAGAGCCACCGCUUCAGACAGAGCAGACCCCACCAGUCCAGAGUGUAUAUAUAGCAAGUACAGAAAUAGAAGAGGAAGGUGAAGUAGAUGAUGUCUAUAUUAUGGAUAUUUCCAGCAAUAUCUCUGAAAAUUUAAAUUAUUACAUUGAUGGUAAAAUUCAGUCCAACAGCAGCACUAGCAAUUGUGAUGUGAUUCAGAUGGAGUCCAACUCUGCAGACUUAUAUGGACUAAAUUGUAUAAUCAGUCCAGUCACGGUGGAAAUUUCCCCAACUUUAAAGGUUACACAAACACAUGUGAAUGAACCUCCCAAGGAACCCUCAAGCAGCGGGAGCAAUGAAUCCAAAAAGAGAAGAACUGCCAGCCCUCCUCUUGUACCAAAAAUAAAAACUGAAAUAGACCCAGAACCUAUAACUCCUACUAGUUCUUUAAAUCUUCCUCUUAGCAUUUCAACAGAAAGCUUACCUUUUCAUAAAGAAAAAGGUGUUUAUUUGUCAUCAAAAUUAAAACAGCUUCUUCAGACACAGGACAGUAAGAAGAUAACUCCGUCAAGUGAAAUCCCUAAACUAGGACCUUCUGUUACAUCAUCGCCUAUUUUGCCUCCAGUAUCCAGCAGAUUUAAAAGAAGGACCAGUUCUCCUCCCAGUUCUCCACAGCACAGUCCAGUACUUCGAGACUUUGUCAAGUCAGGCGAGGGGAAAACAGCGUGGAAUGAUAAUAUUCGGAGUUCAAAAAUGCCAAAGUUAGAAAGUCACAGCAACUCACCUGCCUGGAGCUUGACUGGAAGGGAGGAAAAAGAGACUCUGAGCCCUCUUUGCUUUGAAGACUAUAAAAUAUCAAAAGACUGGACAGCAGCUCCAACUUUUGGCAAUGUAUGCAACCAGCAGCCACUGGAUUUAUCCAGUGGUGUGAAACAAAGGUCUGACGUCAAAAAUAAGAAUCAGGUUCCCUGGGAAUCUGUUUUAGAUUUAAGUGUGCAUAAGAAGCCUUGCGGUGAUGCUGAAAUCAGGGAAUAUAAAGAAAAUUCCGUACAGCCAACCUGUAGUGGUGUUAAAAAGAAGAAACCAACCACUUGCAUGUUACAGAAGGUUCUGCUGAAUGAGUAUAAUGGAACGGAUGCAGCCACAGACAGCACACUCAGUGUAAACAGGAGUGCGAGCCCGAGCAAAUCCCUGGAGCCUCAGGCAGAACCUGACACGGAUCCCAGUCUGUCUGCAUCGUCUUCUGUUGACACUCAGCCCCUUAGUUCCUCCGUUUCCCCUGUGCCACAGGCAUCUGCUGUACCUUCCAUGUGCCAGCUGCCUCCUUUGUUAACACCAACCAAUCCUCCUUCCCCGCCACCCUGCCCGCCUGUGUUAACAGUUGCUACAUCACCUCCUCCCCUCCUUCCGACAAUGCCGUUAUCAAUUCCAGAUGUCUCUGCCAGUGCCACCAACACUUCUUCUUGUCCAUCGCCACUUUCUAACACUACUACCCAGUCCCCGCUACCAGUUCUUUCACCGACAGUUUCUCCUUCUCCAUCUCCUGUUCCUUCUGUUGAACCUCUUAUUUCUGCUGCUUCACCUGGUCCUCCUACACUCUCUUCCUCAUCUUCCUCCUCCUCUUCCUCCUCUUUCUCCUCCUCUUCAUCUUCAUCAUCUCCAUCUCCACCUCCUCUUUCUGUAGUUUCUUCUGUUGUUUCAUCUGCUGAUAAUCUUGAAAAUAGUCUCCCAAUAAUAAAACAGGAAGAACCCGAAAAUGAGCAACAGAAAGCAAGAGAAGAUCCUCAUACUUCAAGUGAAUCAGGAGUAGUACAGGAAACAUUCAAUAAAAGCUUUGUGUGCAAUGUCUGUGAAUCACCUUUUCUUUCCAUUAAAGACCUAACGAAGCAUUUAUCCAUUCAUGCUGAAGAAUGGCCCUUCAAAUGUGAAUUCUGUGUACAGCUUUUUAGGGAUAAAACAGACUUGUCAGAACAUCGCUUUCUGCUUCAUGGAGUAGGAAAUAUCUUUGUUUGCUCGGUCUGUAAAAAGGAAUUUGCUUUUUUGUGCAAUUUGCAACAGCAUCAGCGGGAUCUCCAUCCAGACAAAGAGUGCACACAUCAUGAGUUUGAAAGUGGGACUUUGAGACCCCAGAAUUUUACUGACCCCAGUAAGGCGAACGCGGAGCACAUGCAGAACCUGCCAGAAGAUUCUUUGGAACCUUCUAAAGAGGAGGAAGAUGAAGAUCUAAAUGAUUCCUCCGAAGAGCUUUAUACUACUAUAAAAAUAAUGGCUUCUGGAGUAAAAUCUAAAGAUCCGGAUGUCCGUAUGGGCCUCAAUCAACACUACCCAAGCUUUAAACCACCUCCAUUUCAGUAUCAUCAUCGUAAUCCUAUGGGUAUUGGAGUUACUGCGACAAACUUCACUACCCACAAUAUUCCACAGACUUUUACUACUGCCAUUCGAUGCACAAAAUGCGGGAAGAGUGUUGAUAACAUGCCUGAGUUACACAAACACAUAUUGGCCUGUGCAUCUGCCAGUGAUAAAAAGAGAUACACACCUAAAAAAAAUCCUGUACCACUGAAACAGACAGUGCAGCCUAAGAAUGGCAUGGUUGUUAUAGCUGGCCCUGGAAAGAAUGCCUUCAGACGAAUGGGUCAGCCUAAAAGACUUAAUUUUAAUGUUGAGAUUAGCAAAAUGUCCUCAAAUAAACUAAAAAUAAGUGCAUUGAAAAAGAAGAACCAGCUUGUCCAGAAGGCUAUCUUGCAAAAAAAGAAAUCUGCCCAGCAGAAGGCAGAAUUGAAAAAUAAUCCAUCCGAGUCCGACUCUCACAUCUGCCCCUACUGUAAUAGAGAGUUUACUUAUAUUGGAAGUUUGAACAAACAUGCAUCAUAUAGCUGUCCCAAAAAACCCAUCUCUCCCUCCUCUAAAAAGAAUUCUUCCAAAAAAAGUGCAAGUUCUUCACCUGCCAGCAGUGAAAAAGGCGGCAACCAGCGGAGGCGAACAGCCGAUGCGGAAAUCAAAAUGCAGAGCAUGCAGCCUCACUUGGGCAAGACAAGAGCACGAACCUCAGGACCUGCACAAAUCCAACUUCCCUCUGCAUCCUUCAAAUCAAAACAAAAUGUUAAAUUUGUACCUCCUAUUCGAUCUAAAAAGCCAAAUUCAUCUUCGUCUCUGAGGAACUCUAGUCCUGUAAGAGUGUCCAAAAUGUCCCACGUUGAUGGGAAAAAAACGAAGGUGGUCGCUAAGAACAGUUCCUCUGGUAUCUCAAGCAAAGCCUCCCGGAAAUUGCACGUCAGAAUACAAAGGAAUAAUAAAGCGGUUUUGCCAAGUAAGUCUGCUGUGGCAAGUAAGAGAAAGGCAGACAGAUUUACUGUAAAAUCUAGAGAGAGGAUUGGAGGACCUAUUACACGAAGCCUGCAGCAGGCGGCAAAUGCAGAGGCAGCAGAAAACAAAAGAGAUGAAAGCAGUACAAAGCAAGAACUAAAAGAUUUCAGGAAUCUCCUGUAAAAACAAAACAAAACAAAAAAACCCUUAAUGACAUGGUAGAGCUGUUGCAUGCUCAACUUAGGAUAAGCACUACGACAAUGGAUGUGAAAUCCACCGAGCUUGCGA